AUGGUUGAAAAACGGGUGGUUGAGCCGACCGGAUCAGGUGCUCUGGCGCUGUUUUUUGGCCAGCCCCUCUUCGACAUGACUGCGAACGCUUCGGAAGAACUGCUGGCACAGUACGGCAUUCGUGACGGUAGCGUUGGACCUGCCACACCAGAGCAGCUUCCUAUAUUUGAGCAAUUGCUGAAUGAAGAAGAUACCACUUACUACGGUGGUGGGUCCGCCAUGAAUGCAGGCCGCACAAUGAAAUGGGUAUCACCUGAAACAGACGUCUGUUGUGUAGGUUCAGUGGGCUGCGAUGAGUUCUGCGAGGUGUUUACACGCACGAUGGAUGAGGCUGGGGUGCACUACCUGCUUGAAUACCACGAAGACUCCCCAACAGGAACAUGCGUUGCCCUGAUAGUGAACAAGGAGCGCGCCAUGCGAGCCAAUCUUGGCGCUGCUAACAAAAUAACACUUGAAUAUAUGAAGAGUGCCCCAAUCCAGCGAGCUAUCAAGAAGGCCAUGCUUUUCUACACUGAAGGCUUCUUCCUGAAUACAGUUUCCAGUCCUGAGAAUGUUUUGCUGCUGGCUGAGCACGCACAUAAAGAGGGAAAGCUGUUCUGUUUCAACCUAAAUGCUCCAUUUGUGAGCCUACUCUUCGGUGAACGACUUAAAGUUCUCCUCCCGUUCAUCGAUAUUCUAUUUGGAGGCAGGGAGGACUUUACUGCGUUCGGGACGAUGAUGUGGGGCGAUGAGGUCGGGAGUGACAUUGAUGCCGUUUUGAUGCGCACAGUAGGGCUGCCCAAAAAUAAUUCCUCGCGCUCCCGUUUAGUGGUGGCCACAUGUGGUGCGGACCCAACAUUGGUGGCAAUGAAGCACCGGGUCACGGCGUACGAAGUGCCGGAGGUGGACAAGGCGCAAAUUGUCGACCUGACCGGCGCCGGUGACUGCUUCGUCGGUGGUUUUCUCGCACAGUACCUCAGCUGCCCGGACAUUCAGUUAUGCGUGGAGGCGGGCCACGCGGCUGCAGCCGUCGUCAUUCGUCACUGGGGGACGCGGCUCAGCGGUGAUCCGCCACAGUUGAAGACACGCAACGGGGAAUUCGUUUGUUAA